AAAGUAGUCUUGAUGGGACAGCCGCGUGUGUCGCACCGCACCGUUUUCACUGCGCGCGCGCUUAGGCUCUUUACAUGUGCUUCGUGCCUGUAUAUAGCUAUAUACAAAGCGUAUAGACACGUUUAGUUUUAGUGCAAAGUUUCGUGUGUGCUCGGAAGCAUCGACUCGCGGGCGCCGAUCAUCCAAUUGGCAGUUUUUAAAUUUUGCAACGGCAGCGAAAAAAAUAUAAUCAAAUAUAAUAUAAAUAAAAUAAAAAAUUAAUAAUAAAAACCAGUGCAUCAGUGUUAAUGAUUCGACAAGGUCGAAUUUCGAUGUGUUUUUUUCUGCAGAAAUUUCGCAAUUCGUAUCAACGUGUACAACCCAUUUAAAAUAUUUGCAUUUGUUCGAUAAAUUUUUACUAAAUUGUGUAAUUAAAUAUCAAGAGCUUUUUAAUUAAAUUAAUCAAUAAUUAUAAUAAUAGCUUCAGAUAUAAUACGACACUCGAUAAAAAUCUAGUUGUGUAGUGGCUGCUAUUGCUAUUUUAAUAAUUCAUAUUAAUUAUAGCCAUCGUUGUUUUCUAUUCAUUUAAAGUGUUGUGUGCAUGUGUGUUGUGUCUCGUCGAUGAAGCAAAGCAUUUACGUCGAGUGUUUCCGCCUUGAAUGGGGAAAAUAAAAAUAAAUAUAAAUAAAAGAAAAAAUCGUGAGUGCUAUUGAAAAUGCAUCGACGAUCCUGGUGCAAUUAUAACUGUCAAAUAAUGUGCAAAUAAGUGCAAUGGCAAGCCAGUUAUAAUCGAAGCCCCCAACGAUCCAUCGAGCGACACAUCAUCCUCGUCUCCAAUCCGAGAACAUCGACGGAUAUUUACACGCACACGCGCACACGCAUACACACUAGCAUAGUGAGCCGCGUAUUCACACAUAUACGUAAUAGUGUGUACAUGCAUGUGUUGGUAAUAAUCUGUCGAGCAAAACGAGAAAAGAAGGAGGAAAGAAGAGGAAAGUUUGUUUAUACAUGAUCGCAUGGACGAAGCUGCCGGCGCGUGACACGUCUCUUCGACAAGCCUCAUUUUAAGCGAUGGACAGGGUAGAGCUACUGGGUGGCUCCUGCUUUAGCCAUGGCCCCUAUACCUUCUACAAGGGCGUGCGCCUCGCCAACGGUUUGGCACUCAAACUUGGCAGUUUCUUCCUCACGAAGCUCUGGAAUGACGCCGAUCUCGUCUGCAUCGGCGAGCUUCAACUACUCUGGAUUGAUAACCGAGGCCCCAAUACUCCUUUGGCUUCUCUGAGGCUGUAUUUCCUGCCAGAAAAUACACCGGAAGGCCGCAAGGAUACACAUGGAGAGGAUGAGGUAUUAUCCAUAUCGGAAAAGGUCGUCAUCCGUGUGCACGACUUGGCGACGUGCCUUUCCCCGGAACUCGAGUGGACUUACGGCCGAUCUAACGUCUUGCCACCAACGCCACCGUCGUCUUUGGAUGCCAGUCCAUUGCAUCCGCAAACCCUAACGAAUCCAGGUCUGGAUUUUUCCGAUGUCGAACGCCACCUCAAGGACCUCGAAUCGAACACGCUACUCACGAGACGAAGCAGCGGCAACGACUUGUUGACCCAAAACAGCCGAAAUCAGCCAAAGGUCGUCGUACUCUCUUAUGCAAGGUACUGCCGUUAUCGGGCGCUUAUACGAAGACUCGAGGGCUCCGAGUCCAAAUGGGCCAGCACAGAGAUGGCGGCGGCCCUGGGUGGUUUCUUUGCAUCAAACGACACAAAAAUACUCUUCUGCAGGGAUACAUUCGAUUAUCCAGAUCUAGAAACGCACGAAAUGCUGUGCAAUCAUUUGGCACCAAAAUUGAAAGGUCGACCAAGACGUAAACGUAAAAAGCGCGAUGUCUCGCCCGCUGGUGAAUCGAGCAAUGAAAGCGAAGCUUCUGUUGCCUCAUCUGCGACGGCAUCUACCUUCAAAGGAUUAAAUACGAGUUCGACUAUUGAGUGUCGGACUCGGCCACCUUCAAGGUCGUCUAAUGCAUCGACUCCAGUCAAAAAAGAAAAGAAAAUUGGCGUCGAAGAGAAACGAUUCGUAGCAGAAAUACAUCAGUUCAUGACCGCGCGUAAAACACCGCUCGGUAAAAUGCCAUUGCUCGGUUAUAAACAGAUUGACUUAUACAUGUUUUACACAACGGUCCAAGAACUAGGUGGCUAUGAUAAAGUCAGUGCUAAUCGCCUGUGGAAGUCAAUUUAUGACAGUUUGGGUGGUAACAUUGGAUCUACCAGUGCUGCUACGAUUACAAGAAAGCAUUAUGAAAAACUUUUGUUGCCAUAUGAAAGAAGUAAGAAAGGUUUGGAUGACGAAGAUAUCAAAACAAACAAUGGUGGCAGGCUUUCCAAAACCCCCAGUUUCGAAGCUAGUGAUGAUUACCCUGAUGUAAAGAGAGAAUGUCUAAGUCCAGGGGCUACAUCAGAAGCACAAAACUUAACAACUGAAAAAUUAUCGCCAUCACAUAUGGUUGCUCCAGAUACGACAAAUAAGUCACGAAAUGAAACUGGAAAAUCUUCCUCGUUAAGGAGUGUUCGUGUAAAAUCUGAGCGACUCAAAUCUUUGAAUACAAUGAUUGCUGGAACUCAGCAACAACAAUCAGUUCCCAAUUCGCCUACAUCACUUACAGCAAUAAGUUCCUCAAGUACGUCUUCACCGACGAGUAAUUCGCCGAUUUCUACUACACCAGCCCUUGAACGACAACUUAAUAGUCCUCUUGUUUCGAAUCAAGUUAUCCCAUCAAGUUCUCCGCCUGGCCUGCCAGUAAACGCAUCAGUAACACCAACUGCUGCAACUUUGACCCCGCUGCCCGAAAAGGACUUGAAAGAAAUGAAACUUGAUAGCAAGGGUAAAGAAAACAUCCCCCUCUACGAAAAAGAUAAACCACGCUCACCCGAAUUAGUAGACCUCGAAAACGAUGCGGAACCUUCUGUGCGCGAUAAGAUUAUCGUUCCGAUUGUUCCAAACUUUAAAAAGAGGAAGCUAGAAAUUUUGCGUGAAGGUGGCCUUGACAUAACAACUGUCGAUAACGAUAUUCGUCCAAGUGUAAUUCAACCAACGACAGUAGUGACAACCCUCAAUACUUCAAUGGCUACAUCAGCCACGGCAUCAGUAACAUCUCCAACGAACUUAUGGUCUGACAAAGCAGGCGAAAAAAGUUUCAUGCCCCCGACAAAUGCAAUUAUUCCAAAAUUGAUAAAUGUUACGGUAACUCCAGAUAUCAGUCACAUAUUGCCCCUUGAAGCUGAACAGCGCCACCAACAACGACAACAACAACAUUCUCCUAAAUUUCCACCUUCGCAACCACCAAUUUCCAAAUCGCCAACUAAUCGUGUAAUAAACGUUGGUAGUCCGCACAACUCUUCGCUUUUGCAAUUGUAUGCAGAUGCCAAUGUACCGGCGCCGCAUUCCAUUAGCGCGCAGCUCACGCAGAGGUUUGGCGCUGAAUCUGUGACUACGGCGAACGGUCGGCCUGUGCCACCGCCUAAAGUCACUCAGGGUAUAUCGAUAUUUGGUAACAGUUGUUUAAGUAGAAGAGUUUACGGAAAUCCUAAUGAAGUUGUCGAAAAAACAAGCCAUUCGUCAUUAAAUAUGUUAAACAGCUCUCCAAUUGGUUCACCUAUCAUGUACCAAGGUCCAAGUACAAGUAAUCGUAGUAGUCCACGACCUGCGGAUGUAUUAGAUCUUAGUCGUAAAACAAGCAGCCAAAGUAUCCAACAACCAGAGCUUAGUAGAGCAAAUUUAGAAAUCGUUAAGGUUCCAGUCAUACCUCGACCAAAACCACUUAAUCUUGAGAUUUCAUCGUUACGUAAAGAGCGAGAAGGCACUUCACCAAAAUUAUCCCAAGCUCCAAUAUCUGGAACGCCGCACACCUUAGCGGGACUUGAUUCCCGAUCCAAAAGUCAAUUUAUUACUGGUAAAGCUGUACCAUCUACUCGGACUACAUACACGGAUCCUCUAUUGGAAGCUCGAACAAUGGUAUCAAGUAAUUUAGAAAUCACUUUGGUUAGUCCCAGAAAAUCUGCUAAUAAUAAGUAUCCUGAACAGAACAAUUAUUCUACAAAAAACCCUGUAUCGAAUCCACCACAACAGGUGUUAACACAAAAUUCAUCUGCGCAACGUGCUAACGGAAAGUUACCUAUAAGAGUACUGAGUUCAGAAUCUCUAACCAAUUCUUACCAAUCUCGUAAAUUAUCGGGCAGCAGCAACAGUUUAAAUAAUAGUAAUAGCGGAAACAAUGUUAAUCAACGGUCGAUGCCACAUCAACAACAUCCAGUAGUUAUCCCAAAUAUUCCGAAUUUGAGUCAUCUUAGCGGAGCUAGUAAUUAUAACAAAAAAAAUCCAGAGUCGGUAAAUUAUGCACCAUCAGGAGAUAAACGAAAAUCUGAUAAUAAAGACAACCAUUACAAGAAUGAUGUAGAAAAAAAAAUAAGAGAUGACAUGCAUAGUUUAGCGACCAAGCAACAGAAUAGGGAAACUGAAGCUCGGCGACACAGUGCUCCAGUGAUGCCAAAUUAUAUGAGUUUUCCACCAACUGCCAACCCAUACUUGCAUCAGUUAGCGAGUAACAUAAUGACGCCGAACAUGUUACCUCCAAAUCAAACCGCUGCGGCUGUCGCAGCAGCUGGAAAGUUUUUGCCUAUUUUAGACCCUAUGAGUUAUCCUUACUUCAAUGGUUUGUUACCUGGUCCGCAUCUGCCUCCAUCAACUAAUUUAAUGCCAUUUUUGCCACCUGAAAUGACCGCAUAUUACAAACAUAUGUUAGCAGACACUAGUCAACAAAGGUCUGGUGGUGUACACCAACCAACCCCUCCUACAUCUAAGUAAAUUAACGAAACUACGUCUAAGCACACAGUACAGCAACGUGAUCUGUUUUAUGUUUAUAAGAGACUUGAUUUGUUGUGUAAUUCCAGAGUUGAUUCGAGAUUUGGUUCCUUUGUGAUAAAACUUUUGAAAUAUUGCUGUUAAGAUUGUUCUUAUUACAUAAUGCAAGUAUUAUGUGUUAAUAAUUUUUAAAAUGAAAUAUAAUUAAGGUCCGAGAGCGAUUGCACGCGUUUUAAAAAAGUUUUCGAAUUUUAAAAAUUGGUUUUUAAUUUAAGCUUGAUAUUAAAAAACAGUCCAUAAGAUCACAUUCAGUUUAAUUAAGAAAGACAAAUCUUAUUGAAAUGGUCACAAUUACUCAUAUUAUUUUUAAUUAAAAAUUUGUUCGAUCAAGUGUUAUAUAAAAUAAAUAACAAAUCUACAUUUAACUGAAUCAAUGAUGAAUUAAUUGAUUAAAAUUAUAAAAAUUUUUAACAAUAAUUUCAUUGAGAAAAAUCAUAGUCAAACUGUUAAAAAUUUUAAACAAAUUUAAUUAUGUUUAUAAUUAAACUGUUCUAUAACGCGAUUACUUAAAGAUGAAAGUUUAACUUAACUCAAUAUUUAAAAAAACUUAGUAAAAUACUUUGGUGAAUGCUAAUGUGUGUAUCUCGCUAUCAAUCAUUAGGUUAAUUUGAGGUACUGUAGAGCGCAUUAUAUUUCCUGACUCAUUUUCUAUGCGCAAUGUGAUAAUAUUAUGUAUUUGUACAAAGCAUGAGAAUAUAGGAUAAUCGAGUUGUAAAUUUGAACACAACUCGCACAAAUAUCCUGCGUCUCCAUUUUAUAAGUUACGUAGCCAAUUUUCGUCAACGUUGUUGACCGCCAUUACGAAAUAGAUUCAUUCAUUAUUUAAAAAAGAGUGUUUGAAAUUAUUAAGAAUUUUUAAGUGCGUAAGAAGCAUGAUUAUAAUUAUUAAAAAAAAACGAAUCAUAAUUCGUUACGAAAUGCAGACGUAAUAUGCUAUCAACGAUAAAUCAAUUGUAAAUGCGUAUUAUUAAAAAAGGACAAGUGAAAGCUAGGUUACUGGACUAGAUAAGCCUGUACAUAUUGUAUAUAUAGUUUAAAUAAAGAUAAGGCUAGUUUAAUGAAAAGUCGAAAAAAUAUAUAAAAAUAUAUAACGUUGAAAAAUAAUUUCAACAUUUUCUUAUUCUAUUUGAAUAAAUGUAAUUUUUACAAUUAUAAUUUAAUUAUAAUGAUUCAACAUUUGUUGUAUAGGCCGUCCUCAACCUUGUAGCUCACGUGUCUAGAAUGGCGAAUUCAUCGCUUAUUGAAGUUUGAAUUAAAUGUAAUGGUUUUUUUCUUAUAAAGUAUUAUUAUGAUUUUAUAUCAUAUGUUCAUAACAAAAAACUUGCUCAAAACAAUUUAUUAACUAAUUUUCGUAUACUUUUGUUAUAACUGCAUUAAGAUUUUGUUUUAACUACAUACGUUUAAACGGUCUAAGUUACUUCAAUUUAGAUCAAUUGUUGUAACAUUAUAGUUUUCGAAUUAGUGAAAUAAAAUUAUUAACAAAAUUGAUUGUGUUAAAUUUUGUUCGUACAAAGUUAAGUAUAAUCAUGUGAGAUUGAUGCAAGAUUUAAUUGUAAAAGAUAUGUGUUCAAUAUUGAUACAUUUUAUAAAGACACGUGCAGUUACUUUUUGAAUGAUUGUAUCAGAACUGUAAAUAUGCGCAAGUUUUACUGAAGAAUGAAUGCGCAAUUUUGGUUUUUUGAACGAAAUUAUUUACUAAAAAAGAAAUGAACAAUUGAGAUAAAUCGUCAUUUAUAUUGAUUUCUUCGUUGGUUUUUACGAUAAGUGCAACAUGAAAUGCACUUGUAAAGACUUUCAACUUUUGUAAUAACUCAAAAUCUAUUAAUUACUGUAACAAACAUUUACAAUAAAUAAUUACAAGACAA